GAACACUGUUGACACACCUCUAACAAUCAUUACCAAAAAGAAAAUAUUGAAAUAUUUCAAUAAAUAAGAUUUUUUUCUAUUAGUAAGCCUUAAAUAUACAACAUUUUUUAGAUGGAAAUUUACUCGCAAAUAGUGUUGGCAACAAUAUUUUUACUCGUCUUUACUCCACAAGAAGGAAGUUCAAUAAAAUGUUGGGAUUGCAGAAGUGAUCUUGAUCCAAAAUGCAAAGAUCCUUUUGAUAACAGCACGUUAUCAAUUUUGGACUGCAGGCAAGCUGGACAAAAAGAACAUUUACAAGGUGUUGAAGCAACAAUGUGCAGAAAGAUAAGACAAAAAGUGCACGGAGAAUGGCGAUAUUUCAGGUCGUGUGCUUGGAUGGGGGAACCUGGAAUUGGAGGUGAUGAAAGAUUUUGCUUAAUGAGAACAGGAAGCUAUAACAUAUUCAUGGAAUAUUGCACUUUUACUGCGAUUAGUUGUUAUCAAUGCUCUUCUCAAACAGAUCCAAAAGGUGUUGAUAAAUGCGGAGCAUACCUUAAAUUCAACAAAACAGAAAACAUUGCAAUAGAGUGCAACAGUGAUGAAUCUCAUAUGCCUGGAUCAUUUUGUAUGAAAGUAGUCCAACAAGGUCCCAGAGGAUUCAUUUGGGACGGUCGUUGGAGGCAAGUCAUUCGUCGUUGUGCAUCGGUGGCAGAUACGGGUGUGACAGGUGUCUGUAAUUGGGGUGUUUAUGAGAAUGGAGUUUAUUGGGAAGAGUGUUAUUGUGCAGAAGAUAAAUGUAAUCGUUCUAAUAAUCUCAAACUCUCCAUUAAAUCUUUGAUAAGCACACUCUCACUUGUAUUCGUAUUAAAAUUCCUACAAUAGAUAAAACAUCUGAAGAUAGAAGAAAGCACAAAAGGAAUUUUCCCAAAAGAUUCAUUCCUGGAUAUUUAAGAUUUUUUUUGCAUGUUUAAAGAGGUGCGAAAUAACUUUAAAUUGAAAAGAUUUCUCAUUUAUUUUUAAAUAUGUAAGACAUUUUUUGUACAUGAAUAUUUUAAUUGAAAUAAAUUCCGUCCAGAAAUAAAAACAAUAUUCUAAACUGCAAAAAA